AUGUCGUUAGCUAAAAUAUUUUCUGUUUCUUCCCGAGUUCGUACUACUGGAGCCAGUAGCUUGAUUGCGAGGCAUGCCCAGUAUAGUACAGAAGGCAAAGUGGAGAAGGUGUACCCGCCCAACAUACCUGGCUACAAAUAUGUGAAUGCUGAGGACCCUAACAUGUCCAUGAAGGAGAUGUCCAACAGGGCUGCUCAAACAUUGUUCUGGACAGAACUUGCUAGAGGAUUUGCUGUUACCCUGGCUCAUAUCUUCAAGGAACCAGCAACCAUAAACUACCCUUUUGAGAAGGGACCUCUUUCCCCUCGCUUCAGAGGAGAGCAUGCCCUCAGGAGGUAUCCAUCUGGUGAGGAGAGGUGCAUUGCUUGCAAGCUCUGUGAGGCCAUCUGUCCUGCUCAGGCCAUCACAAUUGAAGCUGAAGAACGUAAGGAUGGCUCCAGAAGAACCACCCGUUACGAUAUCGACAUGACUAAGUGCAUCUACUGUGGUUUUUGCCAGGAGGCGUGUCCCGUCGACGCUAUCGUAGAAGGUCCUAACUUUGAGUUCUCGACCGAGACUCACGAGGAACUGUUGUACAACAAGGAGAAGCUCCUAUCGAAUGGUGACAAAUGGGAGAGUGAGAUCGCAACCAAUAUUAGGGCUGAUCACCUUUACCGUUGA